GAGCAUUUUCAGGCAGGCAGGGAGUUUGGCUGUGUGAACUUAAAGUCAAACAAUGGCUGCUACCACCCGGAGAACCAGGAAAAAAAGCCAGGUGCAUCGAAGGCCACGGUACAGGACACAGUAUAGGCAGAGAAGGCCCAGAGGGGGAAAGAUACCUGGGAGGCGUGCAAAGCAUGGCCAUGGAAAGAAGCUCCCUGACAGAAGGCCCUCCAAGAAAGCACAGAAACUGCGGCUUGACAGUGUUCGAAUGACCAAUGAGGCCCAGAACAUCCUUCAUUUCUGUGUGCAUGACCUCUACAAGAAGGUGUCCUUGGCUGCUGAGCGCUUGAGGAAAAAGAAGCGCCAUGUCUCUAUUACUGUCUCGGAUGUAAGAAAUGCCCUGAAAAAGAUCAUGCCAAGGAAGUAUGACAGAAAGUCUGUAUCCUCCAUUUCCUGCAAAUGCCGUUAGAGACAUCUCUCCCCUUUCCUGUGACAGGCUUAGAAAUGAAGAAAGAAGGGAAAGGGGGGAAGCACUAGCCUGAGAGAAAAUCCAGUACUUUGCCUGCCUGAAAAAACACCACCUUCAAAUUUCCAAGCAAUCCUGUAACCUACCUUUUUAUUACUGGAUCAACAUCACCACUAAUAAUGAACUUGAGGAAGGGCAGAAUCUGGCAUUCUGAAGAUCAUGACAAGAUGAUUAUCAUAUUGCCCUUAUGCUGACUCAGGGAGAUGGAUUAUUGGGUGUUGGAAGAAAAUGACUGUCAAGUUGUGGAAUAUCAAGGACUCUAAUCAGCCACUGUGGAGCAUGUGAGGUGUUCCCUAAAGGGAGACAUAUUCCCUUUUUCAAUAAAACAGGAUCUGUGCAGGAGAACUC